AUCUAGGCCCAUUCCAUUAUUUGGCUAGUUCGUCAAGUUCGUUUGGAUACCCGAAUAUGAAGACAAUAAUACUAUCAUUCAUCGACGAUGGUAAUUUUACAGGCAAAUUCUGGAAACACUAAGUCUCAAACAGUAAAUAAACACUAAUAAUAUCGGGUGAGUCAGAUUAAUAGGAAACUAGAUAAACAAGUAAAUAGGAACUGAUAAAUAACAAUGUGAACUAAUUCUUGUAGUGUGAAAUUUUUUAGACUAAAAUGUCUGCGAGUGAAAAAUAUGUGGAGCACAAUAUUGAACAUUACCAACAGCGGUACAACUGGGACUGCGGAGUGUCCUGUGUACUGAUGUUGCUGCCGCGGGAGCAGAGGGAGGAGAUGCUCAAUAACUUUGAGGAUAUCUGCGAGGACGAGGGCUUCAGGCAGUCUACAUGGACUAUAGACCUCUGCUAUUUAUUGAAGAGAUUUGGCAUCAAGCACAGCAUGUACACUACAACACUGGGAGUGAAUGAGAACUGCAGAAGACAUGGAUACUACGACAAAAUUAUUCAUAUGGACCGUGACCGGGUACUACGUCGUUUCGACGAGGCGACGUCUCAGGGCAUCUACGUGAGGAAGCAGUCGCUCAGCUACCACGACCUGCUCCAACACCUGCAUACAUCAGGUCCCGUCAUACUACUGGUCGAUGCUACACUGCUUGUCUGUGAUCUCUGCAAGCAUAAUAAAUUGAAGGUCGAGUUCAGACGUUGUUUCGGCGGCAGUUACGCGGGCCACUACAUAGUGGUGGUGGGGUCCCGCGGCAGUAAGUUAGUGUACCGAGACCCGGCUGUGUCCGCGCGGCUGUGCGCGGCGCCGGCGCGGCGCCUGCUCCGCGCGCACGGCGCCGCCGGCACCGACCGGGACGCCGUGCUGGUCCACGGGGACUACAGGUAACGCACUCCUUGCGGACAUGGAGCUGGGAACUUGUUCUGG